AGUCAAUUUAGCUUUAACUAGGUUUUAGACACGCCAUGCAACAACAAUGUAUAUAAGCCAAAGGCCAUUGACCCAAUCAUCACCUAUUGACGCUCAUUAAACCAGACCACCUAGUACACAACACGAUGUCACUCUUUCUAAUUGCUGAAAUAAUUGAUUCUUAAAUUAUGCAGAUUGCGCACUGACGUAGAGACAAUCAGUAAUCUGUCUGAGUGACACAACUUCCCAUUCACAAACCAACCCAGUACAACUCUGCUCACAAUACGAUUCAGUUCCAAGAUUUCCUAUCAUUUCUACGCUAAGAACAGUGCACAGAAAGUUUAUUAGCAUAAGUAAUAUCCACCCCGGUGUAGACGAUCGCGUCCGAAGGGUUGCGCAGCCUGACUAAUUACCAUACCCGACGGCGAGCGCGCGCGCACUCUCCGGUGAACGGUGUCACCCGGAUUCAGCGCAAAACGCUGAUCGAAUAUGAUUUAAUUAAACGAAACUGGCCUGGCUCGUGCGGCAAGCGUUGCGACAGCGAUCAGUACGACACAGAUCACAAUGCUGGACGGAUCAGCGUCGGCGAGCUUCGUUGGAUGGUGUCUGCCGGCGAUCGGGGUCGUCGCUUGCACCCUGUAUCUGUACGCGAAUCUCCAGGCUAUCGCGCAGAUGGUGUGGAGUAUGGCUUUCGGGAGUCGAGUACCGCUGCGCGAUCGCUACGGACCUUGGGCUGUCAUUACAGGAUCUUCCGAUGGUAUCGGGAAGGAGUACGCGAUCAACCUGGCUCGUGAGGGGCUUAACCUGAUAUUGAUCUCCAGGACGGGAGCGAAGCUAGCUCAACUUGCAGACAACAUACGUUCGCAGUACGAUGUACAAGUCCGCUGGAUCGCUGUGGACUUUGCCGAAGGCGAUGAUGUGUACGAUCGGAUACAGAAAGAGCUAGCCAACGUUGAUCUUGGAAUUCUAGUCAACAACGUUGGCAUGCUACACGAACAUCCGAUCGCAAUGGACGAACUCCCGCUGCAAGACCUGAAAGACACCUACAACGUCAACAUGAUGCCGCUGAUCCGUCUGACCUACAUGCUUCUCCCAAGCAUGAAGGCUCGCCGCCGCGGGAUGAUCGUCAACGUAACGUCCGCUUCCGGAUUCCUUCCAAUCCCCUACCUGAACAUGUACGCCGCCUCCAAGGCCUUCGUGACGAACUUUACGCUGGGUCUGAAGGAGGAAAUCCGUGGCAGUGGCGUCGACUGUCAGCUGGUCUUCCCGAUGUUUGUGGACACCAACCUGACCCAGCGGUGGCAGUCGACCAACAUGUGGCAGUACCUGUGCUCGGCAAAGGUCGUGCCGUACUCGAAGAUGGCCGUUUGGACGAUCGGAAGGGUCUUUAUCACGACCGGAUACUGGCAACAUGGGAUGUUGCUCAACAGUUCAAGUAAAACAAUGGUGGAGGUAGGGUUUGUGCUGGCUGCAGUUGGAGUCUGGGCAGGUGCGAAUUUCCUCUAUACGAGCGUCAAAUCUGUACUACAGAUCAUUUGGAGUGUUUGUUUUGGCGAUCGAAGACCCCUUGCGGAACGUUAUGGACCUUGGGCAGUCGUUACGGGAUCAUCCGAUGGUAUCGGCAAAGAGUAUGCCGUUAACCUAGCAAAAUAUGGUCUAAACGUUGUGCUAGUUUCAAGGACUGAAUCUAAGCUAAUCAAUGUGAAGGAGGAGAUCACUUCCCAGUACCCCAUCGAAGUCCGGAUCGUCCCCAUAGACUUUGCCCAAGGUCCAUCCGUGUACAAAACCAUCGAGAAUGCCCUCGAAGGUCUGGACAUCGGAAUCCUCGUGAACAACGUCGGAAUAGCUCACGAUCAUCCUCGUUACUUAGAAGAAAUCCCCUGGUACCAAAUCGAGCAAACCGUCUCCGUCAACCUCAUCCCCACGGUUAACCUGGUCCACAUGGUGCUCCCCCAAAUGAAAACCCGACGCCGGGGCAUGAUCGUGAACGUAACCUCGGCGGCAGGCAUUUUCCCAGUCCCGCUGGUCUCAACGUACGGCGCAACCAAACAGUUCCUGAACCGAUUCUCCCAAGCGUUGCAAGCGGAACUCGACGGAACCGGCGUCGAGUGCCAGCUCGUUCAUCCGAUGUUUGUCGCGACCAGCCUGAUCCAGCAGUGGGAAUCGCUCGGCAUUUACGGCAUUCUGUCUGCGCCGGUAGAACGGUACGGCAGGAUGGCAGUUUGGACGAUCGGGAAGGUCCGCGAGACUACCGGAUAUUGGGCGCAUGGAGUGCAGCUGGUGCUGCUUAAGGUACCGCCGCUGGUUAUUCUGAUGGCUAUAACGGCUUACUUGUUUAGGUACCUGAGGGAUAUGAAAAUUAAUGAGUUGGGAGCAAAAUGAGAGGAAAACUACAUGAUUUGAUAAAAUAAAAAAAAUGAUAAAUAAUAAA